AUGCCAACUGUGGUGGCAGUGAACUACUGUAAAGUAAGUAGCAUACAACCUGACUGUCCAGCAAAUCCAAUGUUUAUUUUUGGCCUUGUAAUUUUUUAAUAAAGCUAAUAUACUUCUCAAAUAAACCUAUUUAUCACCACAUGUUAAAAGAUUCAUCCCGAUUGUGUUCCUAUUCCAUUUCACAAUCCGUUCAGGUAAGUUUCUCCUCAAUGGAAGACCAUGCCAAAAUAACAUUGCUAAAAAGAGAGAGGAAUAUGCCAAUAUGGUAACAUUUCUCUAUACUAUUUUCUAUAGGAGAGGGGAGGAGAGAUGCACACACCAGAAAAAUGGUUUUGUAGUAUGAGGCUGCCUUCAGAAUACCAGAGUGGGAAGGCUACAUUAUCAUGGACCUAGAUCUAAAAUGUAAGGCAGAUGAAGUUAAAUGGGUCCAUUAGUAAAAUGUCAAAAUCCGCAGUCAAGCCAUACUUUUAUUAGGACUAGCCAAAAUGUCACAGAACAUGAUUCUGCAAAUCAUCCCAAGCAGUCACACAUAUGGUUGAGUCUUUGAUUAACAAGAUGUUCAGAAAGUGUAAAGUUUUCACAGUGCCUAUAAACUUAUUUAUCACCACCUGUUAUGAAAAUCCAUCUUCACAGUGCCUAGUCAUACUGCUGACUCUUUCAGUUUGUCAAGCCUGGGAGCUUAUCCUAUCUGUGACAUCGUGCAUGACAUUCAGAUCUAGCUCCAUGUCAACAGAAGUGACCAGUAAAUCUCGGUUAGUAGAUCCAAGUUGGUAGCUGUGUUGGUCUGCCGUAGUCAAAAUAAAUUAAAACAAUUCUUUAAAAAGAUAGUUAAAAGGGCUCUUCUUAAAAACCUAAAAACCCACUUUAAAGAAUCAAGUCUUUUAAAGACUUUCUUAGAUCAUAUAACUUUUUUCAAGACUUGAUUCUUUUAAGUGAGUUUUUAGGCUUUUAAGAAGAACUGUGAUGGGAAGAUGAGCUGCUUGUGCGUAAAAUCGUAUUCCCUCAGUGUUUGUUCAAGUCCACAAACCUCUGUCUGUGACGGAGCCCCUCUGACAUGGCUCCUCUAGUCACUAGAAGAUUCCGACAGUGGUUGCUUUCGUAAUCGCUUCCAACAUAAAAGCUCCUUAACGGAAACACGUCUUCUGGACUCUCUGCGUGACAGUUUCCGGCGAGGAGUGGGUGUCCCUACAGGAGGUCCGGAAACCUCACCACUGUUUUCGCUGGAAGUAUCUCUGAGCCAUCCCCCAGCUCCCUUUCCCUCAGUUCAGCUUCUCUCCCCUGCUGGUUUCCUCUUCAGCUGCUGAGUCUCUUCCAACCUGUCUGAGCCCUUUCACCUCCCUCAGUUCAGCUUCUCUCCCCGUGCUGGUUCCCUGUUCAGCUGCUGAGUCUCUUCCAACCUGUCUGAGUCCUUUCACCUCCCUUCCUUCCGAUGGCAGUUCCCUGACAUCCACCUCCCCUCCAGGGCCCCCUUCACCCCCUCUCGCCCCUCCUCUACGGGCGGUGAGGAGGCAAAACCCGGAAUGAACUUCCUUCAUCUUCCGAUGUCUCGAACACUUCUCUCCACCUGUUGCGGUUCCUGGUCUCGAAGCACUCCUCCUCCUCCGAGUCCAUCUCCCCUUCCCCUUCCGAUUCUGGGAAUCCUUCCAACUCCUCCUCCUCCUCAGUGGUCCCAAAGUAUUCCCUCCGGAACCUCUCCACAGGCUGAGGUUUCCUCGGGAACCUUUGAUGGAACGUUUCUAUCAAUACCUCGUCAUUGAUAUCUUCGGCCAUUACCCACGUGUUUUCUGACUCCGGUUCUCCUUCCCACGCUACCAAAUACUCCACCUGAUUCCCCUUCCACCUGGCAUCAAGGAUUUCUGCCACAUGACUGCUGCAUUCUCUUUCUUCUAUGACCGGUCCCCGAGUGGCCAUCCCUUCUCGUCCCCUCGUACGGUGACAGUAACGACCUGUGAAAUACUGGGUGCAGUUUCAUGUGGUUGGGUAACCGGAGCCUGAAAGCCACUGGGUUGACCUGUUGAAUGACCUCAAAGGGACCCAACCUCCUGGGUCUUAAUUUCUUACAACCUCCUUUGAACGGCAACCCUCGGGUUGACAGCCACACCCUAUCUCCAACCCUUAUGGUUUCACCUUCCCUUCGGUUCUUGUCUGCCUGCCUCUUGUAUUCUUCCUUCGCCCUUUCUAAGUUGAGUUGGAGCUGACGGUGGAUUGCUUCCAUUUCUUCUACAAAAUGCUCGGCUGCCGGUACGCUCCAUCUCUCCCCUUCUCCCCUGGGAAAGCCCUGGGAUGACACCCAUAAUUAGCCAAGAAGGGGCUCAUCCCUGUGGACACAUUCUCGGCAUUGUUGUAGGCAAAUUCCGCCAGCGCCAACUUUUCUACCCAGUCAUUCUCUCUGUCAUUGACAUAACACCUCAGGUAUUGCUGGAGGACACCGUUUGCUCUUUCCGCCUGCCCGUUGGUUUCAGGGUGCCGGGCAGUCGAAAAGUUGACCUCCACCUGCAGUAAGCUCAUGAGCUUCCUCCAGAACCUGGAAGUAAAUUGUUUUCCUCGGUCUGAGACCACCCUCAAUGGCACCCCGUGCAACCUAAAAAUGUGUUCUACAAAUAACUUCGCUGUCUCUUCCGCCGUGACUGCAUGCGAGCAAGCUACAAAGUGGCACAUCUUUGUUAGUAGGUCUACCACCACCAUGAUGGCUGUUUUCCCUUUGGACUUCGGCAGAUCAGUCAUAAAAUCUAUCGACACUGCCUCCCAAGGUCGUUCUGGUGUUGGUAAGGGUUCUAAUAGCCCCGCCGGCGCUCGCCUUUCCCCUUUGGCUCGCUGGCACUGCUCGCACCCUCUUACAUACUCACGUACAUCCUCCCUCACCUUAGGCCACCAAAAUUCCCUGGUGACCAACCACAUGGUUUUGUGUUGCCCAAAAUGCCCUGCCGUGGGGCUGUCAUGCAACUGCUUGAGUACCCUCCCCUUAAGUCUCCUUCAGGGAUAUACAGUGCCCCUUUGUAAUACAAAGCUCCAUUUCUUUCCUCGAAACCCCUUGAUUCCUCUCCCUCAUCCCUAAGACCUCUGAGCUUAUUCUGGGCGUAUUCAUCAUUCUCUGUUUCUUCUACCAGUUCUCUUUGUCCCACCAAUGCCGCCCCACACACCCAGCGGUCCUCUGGAAUGACAUGUCUCUCUUCGGGUGCUCCCUCCCCUCCAAAUAUUCAGGUUUGCGUGAGAGAGCGUCCGCCCUAAUGUUCUCUGGGCCUGGCACGUAACAAAUCUCAAAGUUAAAUUUGGAGAAUUCCUGGGCCCACCUCACUUGCCGUUGGUUGAGCACUCGUGCCGUCCUCCAAUACUCUAGGUUCUUGUGGUCAGUGCACACUUGCACCUUAUGUUGUGCGCCAAUUAGCAGGUGCCUCCAUCUCCGGAACGCCUCAUGAAUGGCUAGUAGUUCUCGGUCAUACACCGUGUAGUUCCUCUCGGAUUUGUUCAGCUUUCGCGAAAAAAAGCACACGGUCUCCACUCUGACUCCUCCUUCCCUGGCUGGAGAAGCACCGCCCCAACCGCUCUGUCUGAUGCGUCAGUUUCCACUCUCAUCGGUUUUUGUAAAUCCACAUGCAGGAGCUGUUGUUCCGAGGCGAAGGCCCUUUUUAGUUCCUCAAAUGCUUGCUCCGCCUCCUCCGUCCAAACGAACUUCUUCUUACUGCUGAGACAGUCCGUAAUGGGCGCCGUCAGGUGGGCAAAGUUUGGGAUGAACUUACGAUAGAAGUUCCCAAAUCCUAAAAACCUCUGCACAUCCUUCCUUGUUUUGGGUGUUUUCCAUUCCAGUACCGCCUGGACCUUGCCGGGAUCCAUGGCCAACCCCUUGUCAGACAGGCGAUACCCCAGGAAUUCCACCUCCUUGGUAUGAAACUGACACUUCUCCAGUUUCACCCACAGCUGGUUGGCUUGCAGCCUGCUCAACACUUCUCUGACGUCUCUCACAUGCUGCUCCUCAUUCUCAGAAUACACCAACACGUCGUCCAAGAAGGCCACACAAUUCUUGUAAAGCAACGGCCCCAGGACGUGGUUCAUAAACGAUUGAAAUGUUGCGGAGCCUGCUUGUAGACCGAAGGGCAUAACUAAGUAUUCAAAUGCCCCUAAAGGGGUGAACAUGGUGGUUUUCCAUUCAUCCCCCUUCCUUAUUCGUAUCAGGUUGUACGCCCCCCUUAGAUCCAGCUUGGUGAAAAUCUUUCCCUUCCGCAGCUCCCACCAUCCCUUGCCAUUCCUUCCUCUGGGGGCAGACUCUGGCAAAGUGCCCUGGCUGUUGGCAGAGAUAGCAUUUCCGGGCGCCUUUUCCCUCCUUUUUCCCCCCCUCACUGGGCUUUGAAACUGCGCGCGCGCGCUGUUCCGAUUUCCAUCGGCUCUGCCGGCGGGAAAGUUGGCUCUGGAAUGUCUGGAAUGCGGAACUCCUUCCAACGUUCCCCUUCCCUUCCCGCCUCUCCAAUGCUCUCGCCUCCUGGCGCGCUCCUAUGGCCAGCGCUGAUUUGGUCAGCUGGUCCAUAGACUCCGCCCUGGGCGCCCGGGAAGUUCAUCUUUCACAGCCGAAGAAAGCCCUUCUUCAAAGAGCAUUUGAAUGGGUUCCGCCGAUAAGUCCCACCCCAAUCUGUGUAUCAGCAUGGUGAACUCAGUCCAGUACUCACGUACAGAUCGGCUCCCCUGUUUGCAAGCCAUUAACUGUCUGCGCACCACUCCCUUUUCAAUAUCGCUGGAAAACAUCAGAUCCAUGGCGCGAAAGAACUUCAUCGUGUCCUUUAGGACGUCACUAUGCGCUGCCAUCAGGGGUCUAACCCAGUCUCUCGCCCCCUUUUCAAGAUGCCCAAUCACAAAAGCCACUCGUGAUUCCUCAUCAGGGAAAUCAUCAAACUGCAGAUUGAGGGCAUAUUGCAUUUCUGUCCGAAAGCUAUGAUAGUCUUUGGGCUCCCCCCCAAAUUUCUGCACCAAUCCUGGUACCUUUCUGGCGAGCUGGGUGGCUUUCUCCCUUUGUCUGCAUCUUGAGCCCUCCUCUCCUCCAGCCUCGCCGUCUGCAGCGCCAGCUGGACCUCCAACACCCGGUACCUUUCUUCCAGGCUUGGACCCGCUCCAGCCCCUGCUUCUCCGGUUCCUGCUGGGUUGCUCAUUAUGCCUUCUCCUGCACAAGCUGCGUUCAAAGACUGUCGGAAUGCUGUGAUGGGAAGAUGAGCUGCUUGUGCGUAAAAUCGUAUUCCCUCAGUGUUUGUUCAAGUCCACAAACCUCUGUCUGUGACGGAGCCCCUCUGACAUGGCUCCUCUAGUCACUAGAAGAUUCCGACAGUGGUUGCUUUCGUAAUCGCUUCCAACAUAAAAGCUCCUUAACGGAAACACGUCUUCUGGACUCUCUGCGUGACAGUUUCCGGCGAGGAGUGGGUGUCCCUACAGGAGGUCCGGAAACCUCACCACUGUUUUCGCUGGAAGUAUCUCUGAGCCAUCCCCCAGCUCCCUUUCCCUCAGUUCAGCUUCUCUCCCCUGCUGGUUUCCUCUUCAGCUGCUGAGUCUCUUCCAACCUGUCUGAGCCCUUUCACCUCCCUCAGUUCAGCUUCUCUCCCCUUGCUGGUUCCCUGUUCAGCUGCUGAGUCUCUUCCAACCUGUCUGAGUCCUUUCACCUCCCUUCCUUCCGAUGGCAGUUCCCUGACAAGAACCUUUUAAACUAUCUUUUUAAAGAAUUUUUAAUUUACUCUGUAAGUAGGUAACCCUCAAGCCUGACAGUCCAGCAAGUUCCUUUUCCCAAUUUAAUCUGACUUUGUAAGGUUCAACAAAGGUACUCCUUUGUUGCAAGGAAAUGUCCCCUAUAAUACAAAAGUUUAAAAAAAUAUCCAGCCAAACGAUUGGUUCACAUAUAGCUGCAAAUACUAUGCCUGCUCUCUUCUAUUAAGUAAUUUGCUAAAAUUUUGCAUUUGUGAUAUUCCAUAAAGAUUACAAUUUUCUAUUGCUCUUUUAUUGUACCUUUCCCAAUAAUAUAGCCUCUACCAUGUGCAUCUGCUUGGCUUGUUCCUCUUCCCGGAAUUAUCUGUGCUGAAGCUAAUGCCUGGUGCAAACUUAUUGACAAUGAGACUUGACACUGGUUUCAGCUGAUCAGAUGUGAGGCUUCAUGUUUCAUUGCCCUCUUUAUUUUGCAGGCAGAGUCUAGAGAACAGACUCGGAGAUUAAUGAUCAAAGCCUCCAGCAACUGGAAUAAAUCAACACAAAGUAAACCACUUUCCGUUUCCAAGCCUUUGGCACACAGUAGCAUCACAUUUUCAAGUUUCCCCCUCUAACUUAGAGAUUAAAUGGGGGGGAGAGGGGGAGAUACAAGUAUGAAAACAUUAUUUUUUUUCUCAUAAGGUAAGCUGCAUGGAGGCCUGUCAAGAUCAGAUGUAAGUGUCAGGAGGCUGAUGGAAUCUUGCAGAAACUGUCAAAAUCCUACAAAGUACUGUAGGGAGAAACGAGAAAACAAAACCUGUCCUGUACUGAAAUAUGAAGAGCAGACGGAGAAAGCUGUUUUUAGCUUCUGAGUAAUGAAGAAAAUGCAUCUGUGUGUAUGUGGUUGCAAAGAGCUGCUCUAGUGGCAAUAUACAGACCCCACUGAAUCACACCAGAGCGAUUGAACUGGAUUUGAGCACUUGCUCAGUAUCUAGGUAUGUGGGAGAAACUUGAUUCUGUUCAUACAGUGGUACCUCUACUUACGAACGUGAUCUGUUUCGGGGUGCUGUUUGCGCCCUGAAAAGUCUGUAUGUAUAGCACCGCUACUGUGCGUGAGCAAAGCACGAUAGAGCGCUUCUGCACAUGUGUGAAGCAUGAAGAUCACUUCUGCACAUGUGUGAAAUGCGCAGAUCGCUUCUGCGCAUGCGGAAAACCCGAAAGUAAACACUUCCGGGUUUGCCGCGUUCAUAACCUGAAAAUCUGCAAUGUGAAGCAAACGUAACAUGAGGUAUGACUGUAUUUAAAGGUGAACUCGCCUACUUUAGUCUUUCUUUCUUUCUUUCUUUCUUUCUUAUCUGAAACAAUAUGUGAACUGAAACAUAACUAUCCUUCGGAAAUUGCACUUCUGCAAAUUUUACAAUGUGAUUUUUCAGGCAAAUAAUGUGUAUUGUAUACCUGAAGGAGCGUCUCCACCCCCAUCAUUCAGCUCUGAGGGCCUUCUGGUGGUUCCCUCACUGUGAGAUGUGAGGUUAAAGGGAACCAAGCAGAGGGCCUUCUUGGUAGUGGCACCCGCCCUACCGUCAGAUGUCAAGGAAUGUCCUCCCAUCAGAUGUCAAGGAAAUAAACAACUAUCUGACUUUUAGAAGACAUCUGAAGGCAGCCCUGUUUAGGGAAGUUUUUAAUGUUUGAUGUUUUAUUGUGUUUUUAAAAUUCUGUUGGGAACUGACCGGAGUGUCUGGGGAAACCCAGCCAGAUGGGCAGGCAAUAAAUAAUAAAUAAUUAUUUUAUUUUAUUUUAUUACAAACAUGCAUAUGCUAUGGUAAACUGUGUGUAAUGAUGCCUAUAUUAGCAUGCAGAAAUCCAUUCUGUUGGGGGAAAUUGCAUUGCAAAAAUGUUUAUGUUAAGAGAAUUGCAUACAAAAGAAGGUAUAUUAAGGAAAAUUCAUAGUACUAAUAAUUCAUUCUAAUGAAUUUUCAUGAGAACCCCCCCCCCAAAAAAAAAAAAUCAGAAUCAGUGAAAAUAAGGACAACUAUACUUAAGGUAUUCACCCAUUCCUAAUUAAUACCUGAGCUCUGGUCUGAUGUUGAAGCAACUUGACUCAGAUAUUGCCUGUGGUGCCUACAGAUGA